AUAUCUCAACUACAAUCAAAUCUUACCAUAUAGUACAAAUUAAAGAUCAGUUAACGGGUUCAUAUUAUAAAGAUCAGCUAGAAGAAGAUAAUACAAAUUAUUAAGAAGAAUGGGAAUUCGAAGGUGUAUUAAUGGCGUAGGUAUUGGUUUAGUUAUGGCUGUUUUAAUGCAGUGUGCAUGGGCACAGACAGUGCAUGUUGUUGGAGAUGGGAUAGGUUGGACUAUUCCUAGUAAUGGUGCUGCUGGUUACACCGACUGGGCUACUUCCAAGACUUUCUCUGUUGGAGAUACCUUGCUGUUCAACUUCGCCACCAAUGCUCACGAUGUACAGCGGGUUCCGAAAGCAUCAUUCGAUGCAUGCAGUGAUGCAAACGCUAUAGGAGAUUUGAUCACCACCGGACCUGUCAACAUCACUCUCGCCACCGCCGGCGAUCACUACUAUAUUUGUACAUUCUCUCAGCACUGUCAACUUGGCCAGAAACUAGCCAUCACUGUCUCCUCAUCACCGCCAGGCUCCUCUCCAGCUCCUCCCACCACGCCCACUCCGACCACUCCUACUACACCGUCUCUGGAAAACAAUGUCCCCACUGCCGAUUGCCCUACAUCGGAUCCACCAACAGCUGGUGGACCCGGAGGCCAGAAUAGUAACCCAAGGACUAUGGGUCCCACCACUUCUCCUCCAGGCUCUGCAUCUUCUAAGGUGCUUGCUGGUGUAUCAGUGUCUGCAGUAGCUGUUAUUUUGGGUUUGAUGUUUAAUUAGUCACUUAUUACAUGAUUUGCUUUUGUUUUUUAUAUAGUAAUAUAAAUAUGAUAUAUUUUUGAUUGGAUAUGUAUUCUUUGCUUGAGGCAUUUAGUGGAAUAAAAUAAAAUUUUGAUUAUUUAUGUUAA